UAUAUUAAUAGGCUGACUUGAGUGUCAGUUUUUACUCGUGCAAGACGGGGGCUUCGUGGCGAGUCGCGGGACAUUACGCAGUAAUCAUAAAAUACAUGCAGUAGCGUUAUACAUCUUAAAAUCAUGGAGGUAUUGGGAGUCCUCAAUUUGGGCGAUCUUGCCCAAACUUUCUCAAAAAUGGGAAUGUUUCCUGUCUUUGAUCUUGCUUAUUACAUCGUGUCAAUACUCUACCUCAAGUAUGAACCUGGGUCAGGGGAGGUGGCCCGCAGGAGCCCUGUGGCAUCUUGGAUAUGCGCUAUGCUUUAUUGCUUUGGGAGCUACAUUUUAGCAGACAUUUUUCUCGGAAGUUGCCCUGUGGACUAUUUUCAAUACAACAGCCACAUCCUCUUAGCAUCUGCUGUUUGGUACCUCAUCUUUUUCUGCCCACUCAACCUCUUCUACAAAUGUGUGGCUUUCAUGCCCGUCAAGCUGGUGCUGGUAGCCUUAAAGGAAGUCGUCCGCACUCGUAAAAUUGCCGCCGGCGUUCACCACGCCCACCACGCCUAUCACCACGGCUGGAUCAUCAUGGUCAUCGUGGGCUACGUCAAAGGGUCAGGGGUGGCCCUCAUGUCCAAUUUCGAGCAACUGCUGCGUGGUGUGUGGAGGCCCGAGACCAAUGAACUCCUCAACAUGUCAUUCCCAACCAAAGCCAGCCUGUAUGGAGCCAUUCUGUUUACACUUCAGGAGGCACACUUGCUUCCUGUGUCGAAAAGCACACUCAUCUGUCUUUUCACUCUGUUCAUGGCGACUACCAAGGUGAUAUUGACGGCCCGCCACUCUCACGGCUCUCCCUUCAUCCUCAUCGAGUCUUGGGUAUGCCACUUGCUCUUUGGCUCCCCUCUCGGAGGUGGUGAGGAGGAGCACCACGUGGCCCCCGCGCCCGCCCCCAUCGCCCCCAUUUCGCCGGUCAAAACCAAGGAGGAUCUGGGCGAAGGGACUCGCAAGAGGAAAUCCAAGAAAGCAGAGUAGAAGGCAAAGCACCACACCAGUGAAACUGGGGGAAAGGUUCCCUCAUCUGAUCUCUCCUCAUGGUCCAGCCCUCAGUUCAGGCAUGAUGGAGUCUCCCAUUCCUUGCUAGGUGAAGGGGCCCGUUUGAUGUUUACCAAACGAGGCCCCUUUCUAUUGAAGCAAAUGGUGCUUUCUUUGACAGAUUAUACAGUAUUGGGAUUCUGUAAAUAUAUUUCACCAAAGUGUCACACUGAUAUCAUCGUCCCAGCCAGUACGUAUGUACUUAUUUAUUAACGUAUUUAUUUUUCAUCUGUGAAUUACUCUGCAACUGUGUGCUACAGCAUGUGGUGAACAGUGUACCAGAAAUGACUUGAUUGUUUUAGGAAGGCUUUUGUUAAAAGUGUUUUUGGCUGUAAGCUAUGGUUUUUAGUUAAAAGCCGGUUAACACUAUUUUUACUAGCUAAAGGAAAUUGAAUCAAAAGCACAAUCUGUCUCUAGGUCAGAGGAUCAGACAACAGAAUCAAUCAGACAAUACAACACAAGUAAACAAGAUAAUGUGAAGAAGACUUGGCUGCUUUUUACAUUAUUGUCCUUUAUCAAUAAAGGCAAGUAAAAAUUC